ACAAAAUAUGUGAAUUAGAUCUUGAUGUGAUGCGUAUUAAUCAUGACGUUCCUGAGGACUCUGAUUCUGAUUCCGAUGGUAAGAGUGGUGGUCAACAAAGAAGUAGUGGUAAUGAAUUUUCCGACUUCAAUAGUCAGGCAAAAAACAUGAAAUAUAGUGCUUUACCAUGUCGUUUAUCAAAUAUGAGUUUAAGCUUUGUGUUGGUUAUAAUAUAUCUUGGAUGUGUUUGGUUAAGAAUCCCUAUAAUAAAGGGUGAUAUUGUUCGUUGGGCUUCUACCGGUCGUUUAUCAGAUUUAGUAAUUCGUCAAGAAUUACCUAAUGAUAUGAAAUUACAUCUGGGUCCCCAUUUUGUUAAGAAGUUCUUUGAAAAAGAGCGACAUCAAUCAUGGCAUUUCUUGACUUCCUUAGAAUUCGAUUUUAUCGCAUUUUAUAAAAAUUUUUAUGGAAUAACUUUUCCUGAGAUUAAUGCUCCACCUAUACUUUAUCGAUUCAUCAGAGAUUUUAUGUUACCAGUUGAAACAUAUGUUAUCUCCAAGGAAUUAGCGCAAUUGAUCAAUUUGAAUCUAGAAAUAAAUCGAAAUCCUUCUCUUUCAUUGUUAGCCGUGAUAAUUGUGAUAAUUAAAAUGAUCUAUGGAUUGGAUGGACAGAAAAGGGUGCCAAAUGAUAAAGAUGAAUUCUUUCGAUACUUUCCUAAAUUUGAAGAUUGGAUAAAAAAAUUAAGUGAAAGACAAGAAAAACUUUUCUCAAAAGAAAUUCCUUUGGAUCUGAG